AUGAUGUCAUACUAUGGAAAGGGUACAAUGGAGAGUUCUUCUCUUGAAAUUGACUUACUUGAUACCAAUGAAGAAGGAAAACUUUAUGUGGUUGAUUCCUUAAACAACCUAAACAAACUGCAUCUAUGUUCUGAUGGAUCUCAACACCUGUUAACAGCCCAGGAGGAAGAGAACACUGGUGGUUUGAUGACAUGGAGCAGCAUAAGUUGCCAACAUUUGUUCUUCGUCACACUGAUCAUUAUUUUGAUUGUCAGUUUGGCGCUUGUUUCAUUUGUAGUAUUCUUAACAAUUCACACUGGCAACAAGAUGGAUGAAGUGACAAGCAGACUAGCAUUUGAAAGGAAGAACACAGAAGAUCUUAAGAAUAUAAACAAUAUCAUAUUAAAGCAUCUAAACCAAUCAGGAAUUAUGGAGAAGGAAGAAAAUCUCUUCACAGGUCAAACACCAUCCACUCCUUAUCUUCGUAACUAUUUAUUUCCCCGUUCAAAGCUGGACACAACAGUGCAGUAGAUCCCCUGUGCAAUGAAAACUGUUCUCUCAGUCUAUUCAUUUCCUUUCAACUGUACUCCCAUGUAACCAGGUGGGUUAUUUAAUUAUUCAGAUUUAGCAGGUGCCAUAACAACACUUGAAAAGCAACCUGAAGAAAAUGGAGCUAUUAACACUGCACAGAUUUACAUCCACCUCGCUUGAAUAUAUGGAUGAUACCACACGUUUAGCUCUGGCAUUUGACUCUGAAAUGCUUCACUAGGGCCCCGCUCCUGCAAAUAGCUCUCUAUGUGAGCAAAGUAUCUUGCAGGAUCUGGGCCCAAAUUUCUAAUAGCUUCUAAAUUAGAAACAGAAAAUAGUACCUGAUCCUGGUUUAUGUGUGUAAAGUUCUGCAGGAUUGGGCAAUUAGGUUUGGCUCCUGGAAUUUACAAUGAAAGGGGUGGACUGUCAAUGGGUCUCCACACAU